AUGAUCAACAAUGGACGACAAGGUACACUGGAAAUGAUCAUCUUGAGGAUCACACAGAUCAAUCAAACCUUUGCUGGUGACAAAAGACCGCAUUUUGUAGCUGGCUCCGAAUGCAGAGCCACCAAUCUUUAUCAAUUGCGCGUGAAAGUUUCUGCUCCCAAGCUAUUCCGUGGAGUGGUAGAGAAGAGUAAAAGUGGUACCAAAAGCGUUAUAAGGUAUUCCUAUCCUGGGAGCACGCUGUGCUAUAUCUUCGAGCAUGCUUACGCUAAGAGGAGGGGCUGUGGCAAAGCAGCGAGGACCCUGCGCCACUAUGAAGCACGUUCCACCACAGCUCGCUUUCCUCCAAGACGGAACGCCCUUUCUCCAGUAUUCGAGCCGAAUUUGCACAUUUAUUAUUCCGCUCGAACAGUGGAGAAGGCGUGUCAGCUGGGGCUUUGGGCGUUGGUGGCCGAUGGGGUGCACGACUUACAGCCAAAGGCCAUCUGUAAAACUGGUAAGCUCUAUACAGUCCACGGUGUGGUGGCUACAUCCGUGGACUUCCCGCUGCUGUACGCCAUAACUGUCAGGAAAACACAGGCGGUCGACGAGCGCAUAUUUAAGGCGCUAAAAGAUGCAAUAAUGGCAGUGGCUGGGCCGCAACCCGGAGAAAAGGAGACCAAGCGCCUCAAGAAGAAGGCCGUUCUCCGGCGUCGCCAAAUCGUGCGUGAAAUGGCUCCAUUCAAAUCAAUCUUACGUCGAGACCGAGCAUUUCUACGCACAGCAACCAUCACGACGUACUGCCGGAGAAUGGCCAUAUUCGUAACAGAGAAG